UGCAGUCUUUAUCAGCCGCCGUGACCACGAACAUGUCAAGUGCACGAAACGACCAGGAUCUCAGCUAUCAGCAAGACAUUCGAUAUGUCUUUAAGCUGAAUAACUGGAUUCUGGGUUCAAUCGGCAUCUGGCCAAUCUCGGUUCGAGGUAUCGGACGGCACGUGUCCAAAAUCGCAAUCGCGCUCGGUAAUCUCGCGUUAAGUUUCGCGAUGGUCCCUUGCGCCUUACACAUCGUGUACGACGAGAAGGACAUCAUCAUGAGACUGAAGCUGUGCGGUCUGCUGGCCUUCUGCCUCACCGCGAUGACGAAGUAUUGUAUUCUCGCGAUACGUCGCCCUAAGAUACUGCGCUGUAUCGAAUGCGUAAAGAAUGAUUGGUGGCAGGUGACGUUCAAAUCCGAUCGGGAACUAAUGCUGAAAUACGCUACCAUCGGGCGCAAUCUAACGAUAAUUGGCGCAUCUUUUAUGUACACCGCCGGCAUCAUUUAUUACAUGAUUCUGAUUCCGUUUUUUUCCGAGAACAAAAUCAACAAUCACACCGUCAGACCACUUGUAUAUCCGACUUACAGUGAAUUUCGCCAAUCUCAGAUUAGCCCAAUAUACGAAAUUGUAUAUGUGGCUCACUGCAUGUGCGGAUACACCAUAUACUCGAUAACAGCCGGUGCGUGCGGAUUGGCCGCUCUGUUCGCAACUCAUGCGUGUGGCCAGAUCCAAGUGAUCGUAUCGCGAUUGGAAGAUCUCUUAAACGGCAAAAACCCGAACAUUCAUCAACGAAUCGCUGUCAUCGUGAAGGAUCAUGUCCGCGUAGUAAGGUUUUCAGCCGUGGUGGAGGAAAUUUUACAAGAAGUAUGUUUAGUGGAGUUCACUAGUUCUGUAUGCACGAUAUGUCUACUCGAAUAUUACUGUAUAGUGGAUUGGCAAGAGGACAAUAAGCUUAGCUUAGCAACAUAUUUUUUACUCUUCAUUUCAUUCUGCUUCAAUAUAUACAUAUUAUGUUAUAUUGGCGAGCUUCUCAUGGAAAAGAGCAGUCAAAUUGGAUCAAUGUGCUACAUGAUCAAUUGGUAUCAAUUAUCGCCAAGAUCAGUACGCAAUCUUAUAUUGAUAAUCGCGAUGUCCAGUCAUCCAAUAAAACUUAGUGCCGGUAGAAUGGUAGACUUAUCAUUAACAACUUUUGGAAAUCGCAAGCGCACGUCCCGCGACCUUGCAAUCAAUGCCGCGCAUCCCCUGUUCUUGCAGUCUUCGGCGAAAUCUGUCACCGCAACCAUGUCCAGUAUACGCGAUAGGUCCGCGACAUCGCAGAACUCCAGUUAUCAGCGAGACAUUCAAUAUGUCUUCAAGUUGAACAACUGGAUUCUGGGCUCGCUCGGCAUUUGGCCAGUCGCGAUACGUGGCAUUGGACAGCACGUGUCCAAGAUCGCGAUCGCGAUCUUUAAUCUCGCGUUGAGCUUCGCGAUAGUGCCCUGCGCUCUACAUAUCGUCUAUGAUGAAAGGGACAUCAUCUUAAGGCUGAAGCUCUUCGGACUGCUGGCUUUCUGCCUUACCGCGAUGACAAAGUACUGCAUCUUCGUGAUACGUCGCCCUAAGAUACAUCGUUGCAUCGAAUAUGUGAAGAGCGAUUGGUGGCAGGUGACAUUCAGAUCCGAUCGCGAAUUGAUGCUGAAGUACGCUGCCACCGGUCGCAAUCUGACGAUAAUUGGCGCAUCUUUCAUGUACACCGCUGGCAUCAUUUAUCACUUAAUUCUGCCCUUCUGUACCGAACACAAAGUCAACAAUCAAACUAUCAGACCGCUCGUGUAUCCGACCUAUAGUAAAUUUAGCCAGUCACAAAUUAGCCCAGUAUAUGAAAUCGUGUAUGUGGCUCAUUGCAUGUGCGGAUACACCAUAUACUCGGUGACAGCCGGUGCCUGCGGAUUGGCCGCCUUGUUCGCCACUCAUGCAUGUGGCCAAAUACAAAUACUUGUAUCACGACUAGAAGAUCUCUUAGCUGGUGAAAGAUUCGAACAAAACCCGAAUGUUCAUCACCGAAUCGCUGCCAUCGUGAAAAAUCACGUACGAGUAAUAAGACUAUCAGCAGGCAGAAAGAUGCCCCGUAACAAGAGCGCAAGCGCAUGUCCAGCGACCUUGCAAUCAAUGCCGCGCGUUCACCCGAUGCAGUCUUUAACAGAACCUGUCAUUGCGAACAUGGAAAGCUCACAGGAUAAGCAUGUAGUGUCGCCGAACGUCAGUUAUCAGCAGGACAUACGAUAUAUCUUCAAGCCCGGUAAUUGGAUCCUCGGCUCAAUCGGCAUCUGGCCUGUCGCGAUUCGCGGAAUCGGACGACAUGCAUACAAGAUCUCGAUCGUACUAUGUAAUCUUGCGUUAGCUUUCGCGAUAGUGCCUUGCGUUCUGCACAUGAUCUUCGACCAGAAGGACCUCAACAUAAGGCUGAAGCUCUUCGGGUUGCUGGGCUUCUGCACUACCGCGAUGAUGAAGUAUUGCGUUCUCGCGAUACGUCGACCCAAAAUAUUACGCUGCAUCGAGCACGUGAAGAGUGACUGGUGGCAGGCAAAAUUCAGCUCCGAUCGCGAAUUAAUGCUGAAGUACGCUACCACCGGUCGUAGACUGUCUAUGAUCGCCGCGACUUCCAUGUACAUCGCCGGUUUUAUUUAUCAUACAAUUCUACCGUUCUGCACCGAACACAUAGUCAACAACCAAACUAUUAGACCACUCGUGUAUCCAACUUACAGUAAGUUUUUUAAGACGCAAGCGAGUCCGAUAUACGAAAUAGUGUAUCUGGCUCACUGCGUGUGCGGAUACACCAUGUAUUCAGUGACGGCCGGAUCGUGCGGAUUGGCAGCAAUAUUCGCCACUCAUGCGUGUGGUCAGAUCGAGGUGAUCAUGUCUCGACUUGAGGAUCUUUCGCGUGGCAAAAACUUCGAGCAAUUGUCGGACGUUAAUCAACGAAUUGCUCUCAUCGUGCAAAGUCAUGUUCGAAUAUUAAGAUUUUCCGCCGCCGUAGAAGAAAUUCUACAGGAAGUGUGUUUACUGGAAUUCGCCAGUUCCAUAUUCACAAUGUGUUUGCCCGAAUAUUACUGCAUAGUGGACUGGCAAGAUAGUGAUACAGUAGGACUAACGACUUACUUUCUGCUCUUUGUUUCAUUCUGCUUCAAUAUGUAUAUACUAUGUUACAUUGGCGAACAACUCGUGGAGAAGAGCAGCCAGAUUGGAAGGAGGUGCUUCAUGAUAAAUUGGUACCAGCUGCCGGCAAAGUCAAUUCGUAGUCUAGUUUUAGUGAUCGCUAUGUCCAGCCAUCCCAUAAAGAUCAGCGCUGGCAGAAUGAUAGAUUUAUCACUGGCGACAUUCGGAAAUGUACUCAAAACAAGUCUGGCAUAUUUAAGUUUUCUUCGAACGUUAGUAGUGUGAAUAUGGGAAUGCUAUGGCAAGUGCCUGAAAGGAUAAUAUCAACGAUGUCUCUCUCCUUUAUAAUAGAAUCCUCAUAGAUCAAACUUCAUUGAUUAAACAGCGUUCAAUAUAUGAUACGAUAUGAUAUCGUAUUAAUUUUAUAUAUCCAUAUAUAA